GUGGACUCUGACACACUCUUCUCCCCACACACACACACACACACACACACACACACACACACACACACACACACACACACACUUGCACUUACACACACUCUCACACACACUCAGAGUCACUCAGUCUCUUGAGAUCUAUGCACGGGGACUUCAUGGCUUCACUUUUUCAGGCUUAAAAUGAAAAAGAAAAAAAGUUGCACCUCGUCAUCGAAACGUCGCUGAUUUUUUUUUCUUCCCGUCGUCGAGUUUUGAAAUUCGAGAUUCCACGACGCCGCUUCAUUCGCUCGGGGGACAAAAAAAAAAAUCAGACGUGUGGAAGAAGAAAGAGAAACGAAAAGAGGGAUAAAAGUGCAAGGAUUCAUCCAGAACUGCAGUCUAUGGAAAUGCAGGAUCUAGCCAGUCCGCACAGCCGAGUCAGUGGUAGCAGUGAAUCUCCGAACGGCCCAAACCUUGAUAACGCGCACAUUAACAACAAUUCCAUGACACCAAAUGGCACUGAAGUUAAAACAGAGCCAAUGAGCAGCAGUGACAUCACCACGUCUGUAGCAGACGGCUCGCUAGACAGCUUCUCAGGAUCAGCUAUUGGAAGCAGUGGCUUCAGCCCAAGACAAACUCACCAGUUCUCUCCACAGAUCUAUCCUUCCAACAGACCUUAUCCACAUAUUCUUCCCACUCCUUCUUCACAAAACAUGGCGGCGUAUGGUCAGACGCAGUACAGCACAGGAAUGCAGCAGGCCUACGCAACUUACCCCCAACCAGGCCAGCCUUAUGGCAUCCCAGCCUACGGUCCAUUGUGGGCAGGAAUCAAGACGGAAAGUCAAGCUCAGUCUCCAGGACAGAGCAGCUUCCUCAGUUACAGCUCCAGCUUCUCAACACCGCAGACGGGACAAGCGCCCUACAGCUACCAGAUGCAAGGAGGCAGUUUUACAACGACAUCAGGACUGUACGCAGGAAGCAAUUCCCUCACAAACUCGACUGGAUUUAACAACACACAACAGGAUUACCCGUCCUACCCUGCAUUUGGCCAGGGUCAAUAUGCCCAGUAUUACAACAGCAGUCCAUACACGUCGCCCUACAUGACCAGCAACAACACUAGUCCUACCACGCCGUCCACUACGGCCACGUACACACUGCAGGAGCCACCGUCCACCAUCACCAGCCAGGCUCUGACUGACCAAUCAGCAGGAGAGUACAGUACAAUCCACAGUCCAUCAACCCCCAUUAAAGAUUCAGAUUCAGAUCGAUUGCGUCGAGCCUCGGAUGGAAAGUCACGUGGAAGAGGAAGAAGGAACAAUAAUCCGUCUCCACCACCGGACUCUGACCUUGAGCGCGUGUUCAUUUGGGAUUUAGACGAAACGAUCAUCAUUUUCCAUUCUUUGCUGACGGGGUCUUAUGCCAACAGAUAUGGACGGGACCCACCAACGUCAGUGUCGUUGGGACUCCGAAUGGAAGAGAUGAUCUUCAAUUUAGCAGACACGCAUUUAUUCUUCAAUGACUUAGAAGAGUGUGAUCAAGUCCACAUUGACGACGUUUCCUCUGAUGACAACGGUCAAGAUCUGAGCACGUAUAACUUCAGUACGGAUGGCUUUCAUGCCGCCGCCACCAGUGCCAACCUGUGUUUGGCGACCGGUGUGAGAGGAGGAGUGGACUGGAUGAGAAAGCUGGCCUUCCGUUACAGACGAGUAAAAGAAAUUUACACCACCUACAAAAACAACGUCGGAGGACUUCUGGGUCCGGCCAAAAGGGAGGCCUGGCUGCAACUGCGAGCAGAAAUUGAAGCUUUGACAGAUUCCUGGUUAACACUGGCACUGAAAGCACUAACAUUAAUCCACUCAAGGUCAAAUUGUGUGAACAUCUUAGUGACCACGACGCAGCUCAUACCUGCCCUCGCAAAAGUGCUGCUCUACGGACUGGGAAUAGUUUUUCCAAUCGAGAAUAUUUAUAGCGCUACAAAAAUAGGCAAAGAGAGCUGCUUCGAGCGAGUAAUUCAGAGAUUCGGGAGGAAAGUUGUUUAUGUGGUGGUGGGAGACGGAGUAGAAGAGGAGCAGAGCUCCAAAAAGCACAACAUGCCGUUCUGGAGGAUCUCCAGUCAUUCGGACCUCAUGGCUCUUCAUCACGCGCUGGACUUGGAGUAUUUGUAGCACUGUGACAUCCUCAUCUCUACUCCUUCUACUCAGCACGGACCGACGACAGAACGUUAACACACUUAACUGGGGAAAACAAACGCAAACACGCAGGUUAUAAGUGCAAAUCGGCCUGCGACUCGUCUUAACCCUAAACCUCGGCCCUCGGCGGAGCGCUCGAUUGGAGGAUUGCGACUUUUUAUGUCGCUGCAGCUGCAGGUUACUGUGAAUUGACUCGGCUUCUUUCUGAAAAAGCCGUCAGAAUGUUUUAUGGAUUUUUUUCUGGAAAAAAACAAACAAAAAAAAAAAACUCUGCGAGGGUUCACACCUGUGAGGAAACCAGAGCUACCGACAUCGCUUUCGGCUCUUAGUGAGACUCCGAUCCCGCUGAGAUUCAGCGUGAUUUCCCCUCUUCUCUUUACUCGGGUUCGCUUGAAACCACUGCGCUGGAUGUCCUACGCUUCUAAUUUAUAAUCGGACACUUUGUUGAGAGCGCCGCCUCCCUGCGAGAGACUUAUCGCCUUUUUUGUUUUGUGUGUUUCUCGCCAUACAGAGUACUUUGAUUCCAAGAAGACGUUUAUGGAGAAGAAGAAAACGGAUUUUCUAAUAAUUUAAAGAAAAGAAAGAAAAACUUUAUCUGCAUUUGCUCAGACAAUCAGAUGUGUACAGAAUACGGCGGAUUUUUCGUGUGUGUAUAUUUUUAAUCACUGGACUAUUCCUUCCUGUUUUGCUUUAGCUACAGUUCAUGCUAUUCAGUGCUUUUUUUUUUUUUGGUGGAAGUACACUAAGGCAAGAGUGCACCACAAAGAACUUGUGCGGGGCCUCGAAGUGUCGCUUAAUGGUCUAAGUGUAGAUCGGAACGAUUUCUUGAGAAUUUUCGUCAUGACCAAAAGCAUGGAUGUCAAGUGUCAAUGAUUUCGUAUUUUGUUUACGGAUUUAUUGAUUAUUUUAUUAUUUUAUUUCCUCCCUUGCUAGUCAAAGUUUCUGUAUUUAUUUACAGGACCUCGGUAGCAUUUUAUUUUGAAAUAAAUACAUGUAUUUAUGGGAUAAAACACAUCAGAAAAGAAAGUGAUAAUCAAAAUGAAUGUCAAGUUUUGAGUCGAGCGUCUGUACGCUCCCCACUGACUCCUUUUUCUGUUUAACGUUUAAAAGCAAUUAGACCUCAAACCUCCACAAUAUUUCAAGGUUUUGUUAUCUUUUGUACUGGCACUAAAGGCAGAAACUCUUGUACAUUAAGUGUAAUUUUUGUAUGAAGUAGUCUUUUUAAUUUUGAUUUUUGGAAAUGUUGCUGUAGUUGGGAGAAAAAAAAAUCUUCAUAGUGCUUAGAUAAAUAAGACUGUGGACUUGGGAAACUUUAAAGCUCUAAGGACUGUAAGAAAGCCACUACACACACACACACACACACACACACACACACACACAAUGACGCAAAGGGGUCAAGAACACACAUGCGCUACCGACUGUGAAUUUCCUCAGCAGGAAUUGAAUCCGUGUGUGAGUUUCUGACCGGUUUCUGCUCCGUCGUCAGUGUUGCUUCAUUCCUGAAGGUGAAGUGUUCUGCUGCCCCUUUCCCCUGUCUAAACUCUAACCCUCUAACCAUCCCCCCAACCCCAAAUAUAUGCGUCUUUAACCGACAAUACCCAAAAUCUACCCCAAUUAAUAUCUCCUUAUAUAAAAUCUGCCCAUUUAAUCUGCCCCAUAACCCCGACCCAAAUAAAUUCUGCCCCUUUAAUGCCACCACAACGUAAAUCUGCCCCCUCCCAUAUAAAAUCUGCCCGUUUACUAUGCUCCUUUCUCCUGUCCCCCAGGGUAACACAUAUUGCUGCUAGUUCAUGGUCAUAUUAGAUGGGAGAUGUUUUAUACAGUAAGUUUUUUUUUUAAUAAUAAAUAUUGCAAUCAUAAUGCAAACUGGAAAAAUAUUGACGUGGGCCUCGUCGUGAACACACAAACAUUUGUUGUGUCUGAAAAAAAGAUAUGUACAGAUUUUUUUGACAUUUAUUAUUUGAUUGUGUUUAAAUUAA